UUUUAAUGAGAGGGGUUACACGAGCAGCUUCCCAACAUUAAUCCACGAGUGUCUCAUUACAGGAAGUACAGUGUGGAUUUCAGCUGCAGGCGACGACGAGGCGUGUCGCUGCGAAGUGGCAGGAAAUAUCUGCUCCAGCAGUUUCCUGUAGGUGGAGAUCUCGAUGUCCAGGGCCAGCUUGACGUUCAUGAGCUCCUGGUACUCUCUCAGCUGGCGAGCCAUGUCCUGCUUGGCCCUCUGCAGAGCCAGCUCCAGGUCAUGGAUGCGAGCCUUGGCAUCCUGCACGGCUUCCUCCCCACGCUUCUCCGCCUCGGCUACCUGGCCUUCCAGAUUGGCAUUCUGGUAAAAAGUGCACGGACAGAAGGUGUAAGCUUUCAACAAGGUCUGAGGCUCAGUCACCCCAUUCAAACAGAUGACAGGAAGUCGUUUUUCAGACAAUUCCACCGCGGCUGAUCAUUCGGUUGAGCUCAGAUAUUUCUCCCUUGCUGCUACGCAUUUCACUGCCAUACUGUUCCGCUUCGGCACUCAUCUGGUCAAACUGGUACCGAGCAGGCAGAAAUCCAACAGGAAGAAAAAGGCCUCGGGAGUUGUCCAUCUGUACUACCACAGAGGUCUCCCUCAGGCUCUCCUGCAGCUCAAGCAGCUCCUGUCGCACAGAGACAGCCACAAGCCUUGAGGAAGUUGAAUUCAUCACAGAUACUAGACAACCUGUCGCCCAGAUCCACCUUGGCCAUAUAGCCUGAAUCCACAUCCUGCAGACGGUUUAUUCUGGAGGUUUGGCCACUGAGGCACGGCAGCAAUACAUCACUGGAGGGAUGAAGAUAGCUUCAUUCAACGUACAGAGGUUUGGACGGGCAAAAGUCUCAGAUCCACAUGUCUUGUCAACUCUAGUGAAGAUUGUUUCUCGGUAUGACAUCAUUCUGAUCCUGGAGGUGGUGGAUGCAAGCGGUGAUUCUGUUAAACUGCUCUUGAAUGAAGUGAACAGGGUCAACGCAGGCCAUCACUACUCCCUGCAGCUCAGUACCCGCCUGGGAAGGACAAGAUACAAGGAACAAUUUUUGUUUCUCUACAGGGAUGAUGUGGUCAAUUUGAUUGACUUCUAUCAAUAUGAAGACAACCAGGUCAACAACAUGGAUGCUUUUGCAAGAGAGCCAUACAUUCUCCACUUCAAACCACACUUUGCAGUGCUGAAGGAUAUAGUGCUGAUCCCCGUCCACACCACACCCUCUGACUCGGAGAAAGAGCUGGAUGAGCUGUACGAGGUUUUCCUGUUGGUCAAAGACAAAUGGAAAACGGAUAACAUAAUGAUCCUGGGUGACUUCAAUGCAGAUGGCACGUAUGUCACACGUAAAGAAAUGAAGGAGAUCCGUAUCCGCAGUGACAAGAAUUUCCACUGGCUGAUUGCUGAUGAUGUGGACACCACAGCGAAUACAUCAAAUGAUCACACCUACGACAGGAUUGUUGUGUAUGGAAAAGACAUGCUGGAAGUCAUUGUGCCAAACUCAGCCAAGCCGUUCAAUUUCCACACAGAGUUUUCUAUGACAGAAGAAAUGGCCCUGAGAGUGAGUGAUCACUACCCUGUCGAGGUGGAAUUACACAGCGCACUUCGUCGGACAACGAGUGACCAAAGAUGUGACGUUGUUGAUUCCCAGAAUGCUUCAAUUUACAAAACUGUCACAGAGCGUCUGCAGGUGGAUGUACUGAAACUGCAGAAGGAAAACCUUGUGCUGGAGCGAGAAAAACUUCAGCUUCAGAUCACCUUAUUGAAUCAAAAAGUUGCCAAAAUGGAAUUGAAACCCCUUUCUCAUGAAAUGUGAAAAUAGUAGUUCGGACACAUAUGUUGCCCUGUAAUUGUUAAUAAAAUGAAACAGUCGUA